UCAGGCAGUGCAUGGAUGGAUGCAGGCAGGGGGACGACGGCGAGUCCUGGGCGCACAGAAUCAUCCUGCUGAUGCUUUACGCGCUUUUUGUCGUUGUCUUUUUCUUCCGAACAGCUUUAAAACUUUUUGAGCCACCGUUUGAUUCCUUUCGGCUCAUCUCGCUGCAAGUUCAGUGUGAUGUUUUGGCUGCGUGUGGUAAAAUCCCUCUCACCACCACCACCACCACCGACACAUCCUCUCAGGAGUGAUGGGCUCUAAGUUGACCAGACAGAGAAGUCUUGAUUUUGAGAGCAAAUUGCCCAAAAGGAGACGCCAGAGGAGCGAUGCUGUUCCUGGAGACAGCGAGAGAAGUGGCGGCGGAGACUUCUUGUUUACCUCCUUGAUGCUCAAGUCCGACAAGCUUCCAGGGAUGCUGCGGAAAACCAACCACAGCCCGUAUGUGAGGCGGGUGGCUUGGGUCCGGGAGAUCCAGAGGCUUCUCCGAGAGCAGAGGAUGGAGCAAGCAGCCGAAGUGCUCAGACUGCUGAGAAAGGAUUUGGGACUUCAGGGAACGUCACUCAAUGACAUUUUGUACAAGAAUGCAGCUUUUCUCAACCUGGUGGACCCCAUUUCUCAUGAGCUUCUGAUCAGUCUCGCCCGGGACCUGCAGUGCCCAAAAAGGGAGACUGAUUCGCUCAAGUCCACCAACAAGAUCUGCCGCCAGCUGAUUUACCACCUGACCCCUCACUCCAAGUGGACGAGACAGAGCGUGCCCAGGAGGAAGUCUCAGGCCUGUCUGAAGACCACAUUGAAGAAGAAGCUGUCAGGCGACGUGGUCAACCUGUCCGGAAUCCCGCUGUCGGGGCGGGACGUCCACCGUGUGGCCUUCUACCUUCAGAGCAGCAGCGACGUGGUGUCAGCUGUGGACCUGAGCUUCACCGAGCUGCAGGACGAGAGCUUACGGCUGCUGCUGCCCUACCUCAGCCUCCUGCCAAAACUCACCAUACUAGCCAUCAACGGCAACCGUCUGACAGUGGCCAUCCUGAAGGACUUGACGGAUGCGGUGAAGGAUCCCAAGAAGUUCCCCUGCCUGGCCUGGAUCGACCUGGGCAACAACGUCGACAUCUUCACCGUCCCGCAGCCGCUACUGGUGGCACUGAGGCGCCGCUUCGGUUUACGCAGCAGCCUCCCGACCAUCUACGAGUACAGCGAGGCUCAGGCGUUCAGCAGCUACAACCCAAACAUGGAGACUUCGGUGGAGGAGCCCAGCCUGUACGAAGAGGGAGAUGUAGAGGAAGACGAUCGAGAGGAGGAGGAGGAGGAGGACAGACUGGAGCUCCGGGCCUGGGGCUUUGGAGAAGAAAACGUGUCGAAAAAUGUGCCGCUCCACUUCUGUGGGAGGUGAUCGCCCGGAGCUGCUUCCUUUUAAAACUGGCAGGAUCCUUCGGUAUCACCUCGCCCCAGGUCUAGCCUCCUGUGUUAGCCAGUGUCAGUGUGGCAGAAGAUGCUCACAGUGACCCACACGUCUGAAAAUAACUCUAAAAUAAAUAACCGUGUUGUGUGUCCCUCUGGCUGCUCCGGCUGCUGAAGCUCGGUCAGUAAGAACAUACAUGUGGACAGAUUUAACCUUCAUUCAUCCAGGUGGAGUUUGAACCGAACAGGCUUGCUGUUUUUCCAUUGCUUUCUGAAGUCGUGUGCUUUUCCCACCUCCAAGCUUCCCGUUAUCUGUCCACUGAAGCAGCUGGGGAUUAAGUGCCUUGCACAAGGGCACCUCGGCGGUAGCUGUUGAGAGAGAGGAGGAGCGUUACUAAUUCACAUUCCCCAAGCACAUUUUUAUAUCUCCUGCUGCACCAUUCAUUCCUGUGAAACGCCCAAAUAACUAAAUAUCCUACUUAAGAAGUAGAUGGGGUUUUUUUUUUUGCUAUGAUAAAUAUGUUUUUCACCAGAGAUUAUGUUCACAUGAAAUAUGCUUCCAGUUUUUCCAGCUGGGACACGGCAUUUAUUCAGGAAUUAUUUUAAAUAUAAAUAGUCAGCUAUGGCGAGCCAGUAAAUCACACUGAGCCCAUAUUCAUUUACGUUUUCAGCAAAUAUGCUUCAGUAAGUUGAUACACUGAAGCUGCAUCUGUACAGAGAACAGCCCUGGACUGAUGCAUGCACGCACACACACACACACACACACACACACACGCACACACACACACACACACACACACACACACACACACACACACACAGCGUCUGGGUGUGAGCCGCUGAUGAACUGAUUACUGCCUCUAUCAGGCCUCGUUAUGCCCCUUCAGUCACAGAUGGAGAGCAGAGGAUCUAUUUUUUCUCAGCAAAUAGGACUAGCCCCAGAUAAUUUUGUCCAGUGGUGGUCCAUGAGUGAUUCUAUUUAUGAGUCAGACUACAAGCAACAAGAAAGAUACCCAGUUUUUUGAAGGGUGAAGAUCCACAAUCGAACCGCCACAAACAACUCUUGCUUUUUCCCUUUCCCGUCCGCAGUGCUGCAGCGUACACACAAGUCUUUGUUGUGGCAUGAAUAAAUUACAACAGUUUUGUUUUGACUAGUCUUUUUUUUAAAUGUGUAGAUGUGAUCCUUUUUGUAAAGGUUUUAACAAAAAUGAACAUGACUGUUUAUUGUAGCGCCCCACAGACAAGAGAGCAUGUUUACAUGUACGUUAAUUUUUCAAUAAAUUCUCUUUCAGGGGAUUAAAGAUUAAUAAAAAAUUUGCUUGUGAAUACCCUGCAGCAGCCCACACUUUAUCCUGCCUACAGACAUUAUUGUGUUCUAUUCUCUUCCCAUGUAUUAUUCAGGAAAAUCUGUUUAUUUGUGUUUACAGAGAUAUUAAUGAAAAGGAUGCUUGGUUGGCGUGUGUGUGUGUUUCUGUGAGAGGAUAAUUAGAGUGUGUGUCUGUGCGUUGUGGACACGCAGAGUAAAUUACUACCUUUGAUCGUAGAAAUGAAAUGUUUACUCAUUUGCACUUUAAGGUCGACUCCGUCCCCGAAUACACAAGCUUGGUUUUUAUUGUUUGCCGUUGACCUAAAAACAAGCUAUUGAGUCGCCCACCUCCUCAGAUAAAUGUUGUAUCUCAGCUUUUUGGUUUGAUAGAAAAAUCACUGUUGUGAUAUAACCAUUUGUAUAUUUACACAAUUUGGAUUUUUUUUCUCAUGAAAUCUUGGCUCGUUUUUAAGGUGAAAGUGAUGUUUGCCUGCCGUUGCUUCAAAAAUAAAUAUAAUUUGAAUAACA